UUUUAUGCGCGAGGAACAGCCACGGCGUUGCCGCCGCCGCCGCCGCGCAUCGCCCACGCCGUGCCACUGCGGCGGUGCAAGCGAGCCUCUCUCCUCCUUGCCCGCAGUGAGCUCGGCUGGCUGCCUGUGCGCUUCGCAAUUCGGCUCGGCUCUGCGUCGCGUCCUCGGCGGGGAGAAUUCCGAAGCUGUUUCCAGGUCGCCCGGCAGCCUGGUUGGUCGAGGCGGGCCCAGCCCAGACGGGGCCGCCCGCUCGGGGGUGGGCUCUGCUGCUCCUCCCCGCGUCUCCUCCGCUCGCUCGCGCCGGCCCCGCCCUCAGAGUCGCCGCUGCUGCCGCUGGGAUGCGGGAGGAGGGAUGAGCCACCUGGAGCCGCCGCCUCAGCCGAAGGAGCAGCCGCGGCGCCGCUGCGGACACCCGGGCGCGGACUGAGCGGGCGGCACCGGCGGCGGCGGUGCAAGGAGCCCCCUCUCGUUCCUCCUCCUUCUCCCUUCUCUUUCCUUCUCCCCCCGCCGCCUUGCUGCCGCUACCGCCGCCGCCGUCGCCCUGGGGCCGGGCGGGCGACCGGGAAAUCGCGGCGCUUGGAUGCCUGGAGCCCGCGGCAGAGACCCAGCCCCGAGCCCGCCAUGGGCUGCUGCGGGAGCGCCGCCUCGCAGAGCUCCAAGCGAGAGUGGAAGCCUCUGGAGGAUCGCAGCUGCACAGAUAUCCCAUGGCUGCUACUGUUCAUCCUCUUCUGCAUUGGAAUGGGUCUUAUUUGUGGCUUCUCAAUAGCUACUGGAGCAGCUGCAAGAUUGGUUUCAGGAUAUGACAGUUACGGAAAUAUCUGUGGACAGAAGAAUGUAAAAGUAGAGGGAAUAGACCACAGUGGUUUAGACCUCACAGAAAAGAAGUAUGUGUUCUUUUUGGAGCCAUGCAACGUAGACUUGGUACAACGGAAGAUCAAGUCCAUUGCUCUCUGUGUAUCAGCAUGCCCACGUAAAGAGUUGAAAACUCUGGCAGAUGUUGAGAAAUUUGCAGAUACUAACGGUUCUACUUUAUGUAGCUAUGAACUAAAGCCAUCAGAAUACACUACUGAUUCAAGGGCUGCUAAGCUUUGCCCCAAGCUCCCAGUUCCAGAGAGUGCACCUAUUCCAUUCUUCCAUCGCUGUGCUCCUGUGAACAUUUCCUGCUAUGCCAAGUUUGCAGAGGCCCUGAUCACCUUUGUCAGUGACAGUAGUGUCUUGCACAGGCUGAUUAGUGGAGUAAUGACCUGCAGAGAGAUUAUAUUGGGACUUUGCUUGUUAUCACUAGUGCUUUCCAUGAUUAUGAUGGUGAUAAUCAGAUACAUUUCAAGAGUACUUGUUUGGAUCUUAACAAUUCUUGUUGUGCUGGGAUCACUUGGUGGCACAGGAGUAUUGUGGUGGCUGUAUGCUAAACAGCGGAAGUCUCCCAGUGACACGCUUACUGUUGACCAGCUUCAAAUAGCCAAAGACAAUUGUCAGGCCCUCCUGAUCUAUGCCAUUGCAGCUACAGUCUUCACAGUUAUUUUACUGUUGAUAAUGUUAGUUAUGCGCAAACGAGUAGCUCUCACCAUUGCCUUGUUCCACGUGGCUGGCAAGGUCUUCAUUCACCUGCCACUGCUCAUCUUCCAGCCAUUUUGGACUUUCUUUGCCCUCAUACUCUUCUGGGUAUAUUGGAUCAUGGUCUUGCUCUUCCUAGGUACAACAGGUAGCCCUGUCAAAAAUGAACAAGGCUUUGUAGAGUUCCGAGUGGCAGGCCCACUGAGGUACAUGUGGUGGUAUCACCUUGUGGGACUAGUUUGGAUCAGUGAAUUUAUCCUUGCCUGUCAGCAGAUGACUGUAGCAGGAGCUGUUGUAACAUAUUAUUUUACAAGAGAAAAACGGAAUCUGCCAUUUACACCUAUUCUGGCAUCCGUUAAUCGCCUGAUCUGUUACCACCUAGGAACUGUGGCUAAAGGGUCUUUCAUUAUUACCUUAGUGAAGAUUCCACGGAUGAUACUGAUGUAUAUUCAUACCCAAGUCAAAGGAAAAGAAAAUGCCUGUGCUCGAUGUAUUCUGAAAGCCUGCAUUUGCUGCCUUUGGUGUCUAGAAAAGUGCCUGACUUACUUAAAUCAGAAUGCAUAUACAGCCACAGCUAUCAACAGCACCAACUUCUGCACCUCAGCAAAGGAUGCCUUUGUGAUAUUAGUGGAGAAUGCUUUGCGAGUGGCUGCCAUAAACACGGUGGGAGACUUCAUGCUAUUUCUAGGAAAGGUCCUAAUAGUGUGCAGCACAGGCUUGGCAGGGAUCAUGCUUCUCAACUACCAACGGGACUACACAGUGUGGGUGGUGCCGCUCAUCAUUGUUUGCCUGUUUGCAUUCCUGGUUGCUCACUGCUUCCUGUCCAUCUAUGAAAUGGUAGUAGACGUCCUUUUUUUAUGUUUUGCCAUUGACACAAAAUAUAAUGAUGGCAGCCCUGGGAAGGAGUUCUACAUGGAUAAGGUUCUCAUGGAAUUUGUGGAGAACAGCAGGAAAGCAAUGAAAGAAGCUGGCAGGGGAGGAGGAGCUGAAGGCAGGGAGCUCAAACCAAUGGUAGGUUCAAGAGAAGAGGUGACUUCUCUCUUCCAAGAGUUUCACUUGUACUUCCUGUCCCUUUCUAUUUUCACUGACUGUGCUUCUUCAGGAGAAGUCUUUGUCAUUUGUGUCACUCAGGAUGUUCUGCUUUUUCUGUUUGUGAGCUUGCCUAUCACCUGGAUGGCAGAGUUUUUGUCACAGCUGAGACCAUCUCCCAUAAAAGUAAGCUGAAAGGAACUGUAUCUUCAUUCUUCUGCUGUGUUGUAACCUCAGGGAGCAACUGAAUUUACCCAGUAGCAUUGUUACUAGUACUGUACUCAUAGUGUCCUAGGGACUAUGUACAGACAGGAAAAAACAGUACUUUUCUUGGAAAAUAUAGGCCUUCACUAAGUUAAUAGAUUUUUUAAAGGCACAGCAUAUGUCAUUUGACCUCUGACCCCAAAGAUGACAAGUGUAAAUAUUUACAAGUGUAAAUAUUUACACUUGAUGAUCAGAUGAUCACAGAUGAUCAGAACCUCCAUUUGGGUCUGCAAGCCCAACACUCAGAUGAGCGUGGCAGUUGUGGUUUCCAUGUUCUGAAAUCAGGAGCUGGGUCGUUCAGGGAGCAAAAGAGCUGUCCCAGCAUGCAUUGUGCUACCAGGAGACCAAGAACCCUCAUUACAUCAUCAGCUGUCCCCUGACUGGCUGCAAAGGGGCAGGAGGCGGGUCCUGCCUCACAUUAGUAACACAUUAAUAACUUGUGUUCAGGGGUGUAGCAAGGUUGGAGUGGGCCCAGAGACAAGAUUUUAAAAUGGGCCCCCCUCACUGAAGUAAAUAUAAAUAAAUAAAUACACACACACACACACACACACACACACACACACACUAUGUGCCACAAUACAACAUCUUAAAUUAUUUUUUAAAGGUUUUGUAAACUGUGGACGAUGCAAGUCAUUUAAUGGUACCAGAGACAUGCUGUUUUGGUAGCUCCAGGUCUUAACACUCACAUCAGUUUCGGAGGAUGAAUACAACUGAAGGAAGCCUGGGCGGGUGUGCAGCUGGGGGAGUCAGUCAUGUGACUUGCCUCUGGGCCCCCCCCAAGGCAGGGGGCCCCCAGACAACUGUCUCCCCUUGCCCUAUUAUAGUUACACCCCUGCUUGUGUUGUCAACACAUUAGUAACUUCCACCUGCUCUGCUGAAACUGGUUAUUAGUUGGGGAGUUUAGAGUGGUUCUAGCUAUAUCUAUGCCACUUCCCUGUUUACUUCCAGCCAUAUAAGCUUAGCUGGCUUCAGCCCGAUUUUGACAUUUCACUGGUAGUUCUCAAGCUUCCCACAUCCCACCCUGUCUCCAAGGAAGUGGAUACAGUUAUUCCUUUCAACCUGCUAAAGUAACAUUCUCCCAAUUCUGCUUGUAUCCCCCUGUCCCCUACUCCCACCCCCCAUUUUGUGACUGAUCCUUCUGUGCUUAACAUUGUGUCUAGUGGACAAAUGUGUAAUUGGGAUUCCCUCACUCAGACACCUCCUUCUUUUACUUUAAUGUGUAACAUGCAAUAAAUCUGAUUCUGGUGGCGGGGGUGGGGAGCAGGCAUGGGACCAUAAUAAGAACGGGAGAUACUAUUUCGUUGUGAUAUUGAAACAACUUGCAUGCAGACUGGGUGGCUGUUCAUAUGAUCAUAUAGGGGUGGUUUGGGGGCAAGUAAAGACCUCCUACCACAGAUGAUCAGAACCUCCAUUUGGGUCUGCAACCCCAACACCCAGAUGAGCACGACAGCUGUGGUCUCCAUUUUUUGAAAUAAGGAGCUGGGUCCUUCGGGGAGCAAAAUGGCUAUCCCAGCAUGCGUUGUGCUACCAGAACACCAGGAACCCUCAUUACAUCAUCAGCUGACUCCUGACUGGCUGCAAAGGGGCAGGAGGCAGGACCAGCCCUACUAAAGGCAUUGCAAAUAAAAGAUCAAAGAUCUGCUUUGCAGAGUGGCAUGUUCACAAUGCCAGCCACUGUAGCCACAGUGCUCUAUUAUAAACAUGGCUGCUGCUUCCUGAGACCUCCUACCAAAAGCAAAUCCGCCUAUACAACCAAAACGUGAUAGGAGCACUCACUUUUAUCCUACCUGAUUUAAGAAUAGGGUAGAGGAUGUGGAUUAUCCAGGUUUCAGCGAGCUGGGUUAGAGGGUCUCCCGUAGGUUCACACAAACAUUAAUCCCUGGCUAUACUGCCUCCUAUCUUCUUUUUCCUGAUUGUGAGAAUGGGCUCUGACUCCCCUGUUUGCCUGUAGUCAGCAUAUGAUUGGUUCACAUGCUAAAUUGGGGCCAAUUUUUUGCAGUCCUAUAAAUUGACCUGGUAUAAGUAACCCAUACACAUGAGUAGCUCACAAACUUUAGUGGCAUCAGCUUCAUAAUUUCCCCUCAAGAACUGAGAACAGAAUUCCUAGUUGGUUGGUGCUGCUGCACAUGCAGAAGCCAUCCCCAGCGAUGUUGUGCAAGAGCACAGUUGCGCGGCUGCUUAAAAUCGCAUGCCUUCACUUGUACUGGAAACAAUGUGCAUUCCUCUGCACAAGUGUAGGUGCGCUGUUUUAAGUAGUUGUGUGAUUGUGCUCUUGUGUAACACUGCUGGGGCUGGCUUCCACAUGUGCAGCAGCGCCAGUCAAUCGGGAAUGCCAGCAUUGCCUUGCAUAUCAUAUGGGCCAGAUUGCAUAUGCAUUGCCUUGCAUAUCAUAUGGCCUUGCAUAUCAUAUCAAUUGCAUAUGCAUUGCCUUGCAUAUCAUAUCAAUUGCAUAUGCAUUGCCUUGCAUAUCAUAUGGGCCAGAUUAAACUGGGCACUUGCACCAAGUGUUUCAUGUUUAUUCAGGGACCUAGGAAUCUUCUUGGUAGACGUGUUAAUUGCAUUUUGAAAUUGAAAAUAACUGCAGUCUUCAUGUAAUGAAGGUUUUUCAUGUAAUGAAACAGUUUUUAAGACAAAAGAUAUUAGAAGAAAAUAUAGAUACUUUAAGCUAGGGCUGAUUUAGUUUUCUAGCAAAUGGUUAAAAAAAGAAUAAUGAAUUAAAAUGAAAACUUCCCAGUAGAUAUCAUGUAAACCUUACUAUGAACUGGGUUGGUAACAAAUGUAUGUGUUUUCUCUGUUGGUAUAUUCAUUUAACAGUCAUGGUAUAUUCAUUAACAGCGAGGUGGGGGGCGGAUCACAUUGUGGUAGAUUCUCCAUAUAAAUCAGAAUCUACCCAAUAACUGUUGAAAACCUGGAGUUUCUUUCGCUAUCUCUGCUCCAAAUAGGCAACUGGACAAUUGUGGUUUUACAGUUUUCAGAAUUAUGUAGUUUAUCUGUCGUUGACCUCACAUGCCAAGGUACCUUGGUCGUUAAUCUGACUUGGAUGCUAACUAAAACGUUCAGGCACCUCUAUAAAUACACAAUGCAAUAAACAAGGAGUGAACUCAUGCCACCAAAUACCACAUGAUGGCUUGCAAUGGUGUGCUUGUUAAAUGCUUAAAUGUUUCUUUGUAUUAUCUGCCCGGCUGUUAUAGAUGUCUAGCUUCCCAUACGUUUGCAUACUUUUUGCAAGUGUGGUAUAGUAGACAAGCGUUUGGAUGAACCAAGAACACCCCAGUUUAAAUCCCCAUCCAGUUAUGAAGCUUCAUAUUUGAUUGUGGGGGUCACUCUCACACACAUGGCCUGAUAUGUCUUUUGAUGUGAUGAGGAGGAUAAAAUGUAAUAUUCCCUGAGCUCUCUGAAGGAAGAGCAGAAUCCAAAUGUGAAAUAGAUGAACUUAUCACUUGAUAAAUGCGGGUCUCGUAUCCUGUUCAGUUGUUAUAUAAACUGGGGACACUGUAUUUGUCUGCAGUGUUUCGGGGCCAUUUUGGCCCUCUGGAUGUGCACAGCGGCCAUUUUUUUUGGCCCACCACACAUGCUCAUGGGCCAUUCGCAUGACUGCAGCCGCCACAGCUACCAGCGGCGGCAAUUCCUUAUUUUACACUAUUUUAAUGCCCCCCCCCGCCACCCUUGAACCGGGCCACAACUGGCCUGAGAGGUUUGGUUCGACCUUGGACCAAACAGGGUCUGGUUGGGUUCAAGGUUGAAUAUCCAAACCGGCCCAGUUCCCAUUUGAUGUCAGACUAGUUUGCACAUCCCUAUACAGUGGAAACAUCACAGACACACACACACACACACACACACCCUGCCACACACACUCUACAUGAUGGCAGUGUUGUCUGCAGAGACAAAUGCUGUACUCUUCGGAGAGAUCCCCCCUAUCAUGUGGAAUGCUGGGGUGCCCAAAUGCAUUCACAGGGACACUGAAUGAGAAAGCACCAUCCCCAGUUUUUAUAGUGCCUGUACAGGGCUUCUAGCUACCCAAAUUAUAGCCCAAAGCUUUCAAGAGUGCCCAUUUCUUUUGAAAAAUUAAGUGGCUCCUCCAGGUCUAGCAUUCAAGAAGAGAAACCUGGUCCAAAUGUUUUAUGAAGGCAGAUAUGAAAGAAACUGAUUCAGUAUUUUUACCAAACACCAAGGUGCUCAACCUAUUCAACUCACUGGAGAAUUUGUGAUAGCUCAGUGGUAGAACACUUGCUUUGGAUGCAGAAGGCCCCUAGUCCAAUCUCUGCCAUCUUCAGGUGAGGCUGGGAAAGAAAGAGCACUGCCAGUCAAUGAAGAAAAUACUUAGCUGGAUGGACCAAUGUUCUGACUCAGUAUGAAACAAUUGCAUAUGUUGUUGUUGAAAACCCUUUGUAGAACCUAACAUCGUGGGCUCAGUUCAGACUUAGCAGCAAACCGUUGUUGGUUAUUAUGACAGUGAUAAUGCAUGUUUUGAAGCUGGUUUGAGGGCAUACCAUAGUUUAUCACAUUUGGGUGAAAGAGCAAACUACAGUUUUCUGCAAACCUAGAAAUAGAAGCUUCUAAUCUAUCUCUCUCUCUUGAGCAUCAAGGGAGGAGGGAGAAUACAAGCCUAAGGUUCACCACUGCUCAUUCUCGUAACCACAUUCCAUGGUCUGUCAUUCCAUCUGAACUGAGCCAGAAAGUUUGUAACUUGCUAUUUAGUAUGAAAGCGCAGGAUGUGUGUGCGUGUGCGCACAUAUGCAUGUUUGUGUCUACCACUAUUUAUUAAAAUUAAGUUUUGGAAACUUUAAUAUAAUAGCCAGGAUCCAAAUAAUUGUGCUAUGAGUUCCUUGUGGCCAGCAGGUGGACUUCAAAUUUGUUUUUCUUGAACUGCAGCUUCCCUCUAUGCCAUGUGGCAAACGACUUAUGAAACUAAGAGGAGACUCCAAAGCAGUUUAAUAUGGCCGAGGAGUCUCCCAUUCGAAAGGGAACAAGUCAAAAAGCCCACUGAGUUUGCUCAAAACUACCUCUUUGGAUCCUGACUUUUGAUAUGGCUUUGACACAAGCCCUGUUCAGUCAUUUUUCCAAACCCUCGCUGUACAUCUUUGCAGCAUGCAAUGUGGGUUCAGAAGUCCCAGUCUACUGAUCAUGAUUUGGAGUGCCCCAGCCUGCUGAUCAUGGAAACACUAGUGUUCACUUAAAGCAUUCACCUCUUCAGCCAAACACGCUAAGUACGAAGAGAGCCAGCAGCAGAAUGACUGACAUGCUGGAGGUGUGCCAGGGGCAGGACUUUUGACUCACUUUGCCUACUCUAAGUGGGUACAGUGGAGGGUUGGAAGGAUGACUGAAUGGAGCUAUAGAAACACGUGUGUACUAUUUAAUUUCUAAAAAGUGUUUUUCCCCCUAAGCUUUUGAAAAGAGAUUUUUCACAUUCUUUAUUGUGCAGUUCACAUUGAGUCUCUUCAGUCUAUAAACAUUAGGAAGUAUUUGACCUUUUUCUAACUUUACUUAUGACUUUAUU